UUGCUGAAUUGAAGGACAGUAGUUAAUAAGAAAAGCUAAAAACUGCAUGCGUGGUUACUAUACAGAAUUAGUCAAGCUUGAUGUUGAUUUACUAUACGUAGCACAACGCUAGCCAUACAGUCUUCGGGUGAUGGAAAACAAAUGGAAGAUGACGCGUUGAUGACAUCGACUUCUCUCAACCAAUCAAUUCAAGAGAAAAUGGGAAACUGCUCUUCAGCAAUUGGUCCAUUGUAAUGAUUUAACCAGAGAGAGAGAGAAAGAAUUAAGAUGCGGCGUGGAGGAAGUUACGCAGUCUGGCGAAUGAGUAGGAUCAGAUGUUACGCAUGGGUAUGUUUGUGCCAAAGCUUAGCUUUGGUAUGGGUGACUCUGUUAUGUCCUGUUCGCGCGAAUCACGAUCUUCCUAUUGUUGUGUCUUACACGACAUUUAACAAAAGUGUAAACUUCACUCACGUGGUGGUGGACCAGAACUCUGGACGUGUAUACAUCGGUGCUACUAACUGGCUUUACCAGUUUGAUGGCUCACUGAAGUUGGAGACUGAGGUCAAAACGGGUCCCGUGGAGGACAGCAUUCAAUGUUCUCCGACUGAUUGCACCCUCCAGAAGAAGGUGAACACCACUAAUGUCAAUAAAGUCCUAGUCAUCGACAAUCGGGCCAACAAGUUGAUUGUCUGUGGUAGCGUCCACCAGGGAGCCUGCCGCCGUCACGAGCUCGGGAACAUUGCAAACGCCGAGGAACUGGUUCCUGUUCCAGUAGCAGCCAACGAUGAGAACUCUUCUACAUACGCCUUUAUCGGUCCUGCCCAAUAUUUCGGUUAUCCUUCCAGGGUUCUAUAUGUGGCAACAACCAACAGCCAUCUGGGACCUUACCGAGACAUGGUCCCUGCCAUCACUAGUAGAAGCCUUGAAGAGGGCAAUGGCCGCCUAUUUGGGAUCAUUGAAAAGUCGUUUUCCACCAUUGCCAGGGUGGAUAUUAGUUUUCACUUGAGGGACUAUUACCUGGUGAACUACAUCUACGGCUUCCACUCAGGAGGUUUUAUUUACUUCGCCACAGUGCAGAGGAAAUCUCACUUGAGGGCGCUCGAGGAGUGGGGCUACAUUACCAGAUUGUCCAGAGUGUGCACUUCCGACGCAGGAUAUAACACUUACACAGAAGUGUCGUUACAGUGCAUAGGACCGGACGGCACAGACUUCAACGUUCUGCAAGAUGCGGCUGUGGGUCCAGCGGGUUCUGAUCUGGCUCAAGCAUUUCGAACUGGAAUAGGAUCCGAUGUCCUUGUCGGAGUCUUCGCCGUUAGUAAAGACCACACUUCGAAGCCCUCUCGGAAAUCCGCGCUGUGCGUCUACUCACUGGCUGUAGUAGAACAACGGUUUACAGAGAACAUCCACUUGUGUUAUAACAGCAGUGUGAUCACAAGGAAUAUGGACUAUAUAGCCGGUAGUAUCAACCAGUGUCCCGAACCCGGGAAGGCGGGUAAUAUCCUGAACUUCUGUAAUGAGACCAUCAAACUGAACGGCUCCAUACCCAUCCAACAACAAGCAGCUGUGUUCUACUUCAAUACAACCUUGACGUCCGUAGGGUUUAGAAGAAUUGGUCAACACACGGUGGCGUUUGCAGGGACAAGCGACGGAAGCCUGAAGAUGGUACUCCAAAACGAUAUAUAUUCAUUCUUUAGACUUUGCCAUCUUUUUAUUCAGAUGUCAUUAUUAUUAUUAAAGGUUGACAUUCAAGUCCGAAGUCCUAUGUUUGGGGUUAUCAUACUCGAGGGUCGAAAACACGCCAGCGGCGAGGGUACUCGGUUGAUGACCUAGGACAGAGUGGUCAUAGAAACAUUUUGUAGUCUGCCUGCUACUCAUAAUUAAGACUGUUUAUUAUUAAUUACAAUUAUUUUUGUAGAAAUUUAGAAGCUCUUUUGGUAGAAGUUAGUACACAAGUAUA